AUGGCCAACAGAGGUUAUGACGUUGUUGUCGAUGUCGACCAAGAGGCACAUACAGGCGACCUAGGCCACACCGACCUGCAAGAGGAUCUCGAGUUCCACAGCUCCAACUUCGAAAACACACCCUCGGCUCGCAACAAAAUCCAGCCCGACGCCACCACUGGCGGCUUCCUCCCCGCACCCGCUUCGUCCUCCUCCUCCCGCAAACACUACCUCUGGACUCUCUCCUUCUACGCGCAAGCCUUCGACGUCGACACCGCUGAAGUCCUGCGCCGCUGCACCGCCACGUUAUACCCGCGCGCAAAUUUCCUCGAUGUGUUGGAAGGCAACCCUGACCUUUAUGGCCCGGUCUGGGUAGCCACUACCGUCGUUGUCAUACUUUUCUUGACAGGCACGAUCAAUCAGUAUCUCGCGAGCGAGGGGAAACAGCACUUUGCAUAUGAUUUCAAAUUGCUGAGUGGGGCAGCGGGAUUGGUGUAUGGGUAUACGGGGGUUGUCCCGAGUGGGCUUUGGGCGGUGCUCAAGUGGUAUGGGAGUGAGAGUGCGAAUCUGAUGGAGUGUAUCUGCUUGUAUGGGUAUGCAAAUUUGGUGUGGAUUCCUGUGGCUGUUGCCAGCAUAUCCACCAUCAACAUUCUCAAUUUCGUAUUCGUUGCGCUCGGGUUCGCGGCGAGCGUGUUCUUUCUGCUGAGGAACCUGUAUCCUGUGCUGAGCUCGACGGAGGCUAAGACGAGCAAAAUACUGCUUAUUGUCGUGCUCGUCCUGCACGCGGGGUUCGCAAUCGCGAUUAAAGUGCUUUUCUUUGCGGCGACGAGUCCGGUGGGACCAAAGGAUGGGAAGGAAGCCGGCGAUGCGAGUGGCGAGGGCGAGCAGAAAGGGGAUUUGCUGAGAAUGCUGCUAAGGAUCUGA